AUGAAAGUAGUCGACAAGAUCAAAUCCCUAACCGAUCAAGGCCAAACCGCCUUCUCCUUCGAGUUCUUCCCUCCGAAAACCGAAGACGGCGUCGAGAAUCUCUUCGAACGUAUGGAUCGCCUCGUCUCCUACGGACCUUCCUUCUGCGACAUCACGUGGGGCGCGGGAGGCUCCACGGCCGACCUGACGCUCGAGAUCGCGUCGAGGAUGCAGAAUGUGGUCUGCGUGGAGACGAUGAUGCAUCUGACGUGCACGAACAUGCCUGUGGAGAAGAUUGAUCACGCGCUGGAGACGAUUAGAGCUAACGGGAUUCAGAAUGUGCUUGCGCUUAGAGGCGAUCCGCCUCAUGGUCAGGAUAAGUUUGUGCAGGUGGAAGGAGGGUUUGCGUGUGCGUUGGAUCUUGUGAAUCAUAUUAGGGGGAAGUAUGGUGAUUACUUUGGGAUUACUGUUGCUGGUUAUCCUGAGGCUCAUCCUGAUGUGAUUGAAGCUGAUGGACUAGCUACUCCUGAGUCGUAUCAGAGUGAUCUUGCUUACUUGAAGAAAAAGGUUGAUGCUGGAGCGGAUCUGAUUGUGACACAGCUAUUCUAUGAUACUGAUAUUUUCCUCAAGUUUGUGAAUGACUGUCGGCAAAUUGGGAUUAAUUGUCCCAUUGUUCCUGGGAUUAUGCCCAUUUCUAACUACAAGGGGUUCUUGCGUAUGGCUGGUUUUUGCAAAACCAAGAUACCUGCUGAGCUCACUGCUGCGUUGGAGCCUAUCAAGGAUAAUGAAGAAGCUGUUAAGGCCUUUGGUAUUCACUUUGCAACAGAAAUGUGCAAAAAGAUUUUGGCUCAUGGAAUCACUGCUCUUCAUCUCUACACAUUGAACAUGGACAAAUCAGCCAUAGGGAUAUUAAUGAACCUUGGUCUGAUUGAUGAGUCAAAGAUUACUCGUUCUUUACCUUGGAGACGCCCUGCAAAUGUUUUCCGUACUAAGGAAGAUGUUCGUCCUAUUUUCUGGGCAAACCGUCCAAAGAGCUACAUAUCAAGAACAAAGGGCUGGAAUGACUUCCCACAGGGACGGUGGGGUGAUUCUCGCAGUGCAUCAUAUAGCACACUCUCGGACUAUCAGUUCAUGCGCCCAAGAGCACGUGACAAGAAGCUUCAACAAGAAUGGGUUGUCCCAUUGAAAAGCAUUGAAGACGUUCAAGAGAAAUUCAAGGAGCUCUGCGUUGGAAACUUGAAAAGCAGUCCAUGGUCUGAGUUAGAUGGACUCCAGCCAGAGACAAAGAUCAUAAACGAGAAACUCGGCAAAAUCAACUCCAACGGCUUCUUGACCAUCAACAGCCAACCAUCAGUCAACGCAGCCAAAUCUGAUUCCCCUGCUAUUGGAUGGGGUGGUCCUGGUGGUUACGUCUACCAGAAAGCUUACCUAGAGCUCUUCUGCUCAAAGGAUAAGUUAGACACACUUAUGGAGAAAUCCAAAGCUUUUCCUUCCAUCACCUACAUGGCUGUGAACAAAGCAGGGAACUGGGUAUCAAACGUUGGUGAAGCCGAUGUGAAUGCAGUUACAUGGGGAGUGUUCCCAGCUAAAGAGAUUAUCCAACCAACAAUCGUGGAUCCAGCCAGUUUCAAAGUCUGGAAAGACGAAGCCUUUGAGAUUUGGUCAAGAAGCUGGGCUAACUUGUACCCAGAGGAUGACCCUUCUAGAAAGUUACUCGAGGAGGUGAAGAACAGCUACUACUUGGUGAGCUUAGUGGACAACGACUACAUCAAUGGUGAUAUAUUCUCCGUCUUUGCUUGA